CCCAGAUUUGCGUUCGUUGUACCAGACUCCUAAUUACAAGCCGGAAUUAAACAAGCACAACUAAUGCGUCAAUUAAAUCAAUCAAGGGAACUUCUAUCACUUCUCUUGAUCACCUGACAGUAAUGUUUAGGGCAGUAAGCUUGGCUCCAGAUACCCACUCACCUGGGCCCAAUUGACUUUUGAGAGAGUCGGGCUGAGUUAAUUUGUCCACUAAGUAUCGAGUUAUUUUUUGAUCCUGUAAGGAUUGAAUCAACUUAGGGCCGGAUCAGUUUUUGACCUUAUGAUCCAUCGCAACAACGAGUGAUACAAAAUUUCUCAUACGACACCUGCGUCUGCGUGCGUAGGUUGUUUUGGUUAGUAUGAGGAUAUCGGACAACAUCUGCAUCGCGAUUGCGGCAAUGCCGCUUGUCGUCUGCGUCUGCCUCGUGUUGCACGAGUUGCCGGAGUUGGCAAGAGAAGCUCUUCUGUGCUCCGGCCUUGUGCUCACGAUGUGCGGUCUCGGAUGGCUGAUGCAACGAAUCAUCAUCAAGCUCAUGAACAAACUUUUCGAGUCGCGAUCCAGUUAUCAAACAGAGAAUCCUCGAGAUGGAGAAGAUCAAGGCAGCCUAUCUGCCUAGUUUGUGUUAGAAAUAAGUUCUCCUAGUUUGUUGCGUGUGAUUACCCAAUCAAAAGUUACAACCGCGCGCGUAAGAAGAAAACCGAUUUUUUUUUUCUUUGCUUCUUCUGUGGUGUUCUUGUCAAGAGAACCAGUUGAUUUUAAUAACUCGAGUUGUUUGAAGAGGUUCAAUCGUGAAUAUCAUAUAUCACUUGCUAAAAGUCCUCUGCCGACUUUGGGGUCAGGUUCAAUGGGUCGAUGGUCGAUAUACUAACAUCAGUUAUUAAUUCUAAUUAAGCAAAAUUAACCCCAAAUAAAACUAGGGUUGAGCC